AAUCUGUGUGGUUUAAUGUGGUGUGACGCCACUAAUCCCAAAGUUACAAAUCUCAGGUCCACUCAGCUCCACAGACAGUUCUGCAGCUCCCUGACAGCAAGGACACGUCUGCUCCAGACUGCACCAAGUGGAUUUAUAGACACAGAAGACAUGGCUGUUGUUAGUGGAACUUAUCGUAUGGUGUCAGAGGAGGAGCAGGCUCUCAGGGCCAAGCUGGAGCAUCUCACGGUCAAGGACCACGGCCCAGUGUUUGGACCCUCUGCUAGCAUGCCAGACCACACCAGGCAGAAGGCCAAGGAUGAGCUGAGUGAGACAGAUGAAAAGCGGGUAUUGGCAGUGAAGGAGCUGCGUGAAAUCAUUAAGGAGAAGGCAGAUGGAGGUGAUGAAUUGGCUAAGGCGAUCCAGGACACCUUUGGGGAGAAACCUGAUGAGGUGCUGGUUCGCUUCAUUCGUGCCAGGAAGUACGAUGUGCUCCGAGCCUACGAUCUCAUGAAAGGCUACGUUCGCUUCAGGAAGGACUACCCUGAGCUUUUUGAGAAUUUGACCCCAGAGGCCGUACGCAGCACCAUCGAGGCCGGCUACCCUGGUGUCCUGCAGAGCCGAGACAAGUACGGCCGUGUGGUGCUGCUCUUCAACAUCGAGAACUGGGAUUAUGAGGAGAUCACCUUCGAUGAGAUCCUUCGUGCCUACUGUGUCAUCUUGGAGAAACUGCUCGAGAAUGAGGAGACACAAAUCAAUGGAUUCUGCAUCAUUGAGAACUUCAAGGGUUUCACCAUGCAGCAGGCAUCAGGGAUCAAACCCACAGAGCUCAAGAAGAUGGUGGACAUGCUGCAGGACUCCUUCCCUGCCCGAUUCAAAGCCGUGCACUUUAUCCACCAGCCCUGGUAUUUCACCACCACCUACAAUGUCGUCAAACCAUUCAUGAAGAGCAAGCUGCUAGAGAGAGUUUUUGUACAUGGAGAUGAACUGGAAACCUACUACAAGGAGUUUGAUGCAGACAUCCUUCCCUCUGAGUUUGAUGGAAAAGGUCCAAAGUAUGAUGGAAAGGCCACAGCAGUCCUUCUAUUCGACUAAAGCACUUCCUUUGCUAUC